GGAGCAGGGAUUUUUCAAGUUUACUAUGUCUACAGGCGGUGCCAUACCUCCCCAUAUGAACCGUACACGUCGGACUCGAACGAACGGUACCCGAACCGGCGUCAGGUCAUUAACGAGGCAAACGGGCAAUAGUUUGGCAGGACUAACUACGGUUAUCAUCGAGAACCCUGACGGCGAGCUCUUCGAAGUCGGGACAUUCAGAUCUCCUUUGGAUCGCGAUGCGAUUAUCGCCGCUUAUGUCGCAAAAGGUCGGAAUGCUCCGACAAUGACCCCUCUUAUAGUCAAAUCGCCUGAAACCUACACCGUCCGGGUUACUAGGAAUCAAUCGAGCUCUACAGGAGACAUAGAUAUAUCAGUAACACUGUUUCUGUCAUAAUUACACCUGCUUGAUCACACUGCAACUUGCAGAGACCAAACUCUGGUGGACUACUAUAAUCGCCACUUCUUUCCUAGGAAAGCCGAACCUAGUCCUGUUCUUGACGAAGCGAUCAUUGAUGGCAACGAAGUCCUGAUGGACAAGGACCUUCGUAUAUCUUUCCAUAGGACAGUCAGAGCACCUGACAAUGGAAAGGAAUACCCCCUUCCUCCCAGCCAUGGACGAUUUGAAUUGCACAAUGUCGCAGAUUAUUCACGUACACUCCCACCAUCUAUCGUCAAACAAGGAGGCUUAUUCAUUUCUAUGUAUCAGCGAGAAGCUCUGUGGAUGAACUUCUCUAGCAAGUCCAACGAAUAUGCCCUGAAGGUUUCUGUGGGAGACGUCAAUGCUUUGACCGGACAUCCCAGGUCAGAAGUCCGACACGAUGAGAGGCAGGACUACGUGGUAGUGAAUUGUUCCGGAGGACAACCGUGGCAGGAUGGUAUCAGCACGUCACCUGGCGUAGUGAAGCAAUUCGUCGCGAUGCCUUUAGGUAGCGGUUACACUAUAGAAGGCCAACUCAAUGGCGAAGAGCAUAUCGGUGGAAUCCAGUUCGAUGUCUUCCAAAAGUUCAUCAGCACGGUUUCAUUUGAACAACUACACGGAAAGCUUCGGACUUCGUUGGACAUGUACAAGACACCCAAAGAACACGGACUCAAAGAAGGAGACACCAUUACCAUGACAGCCGAGCCGGAUCGCGUCCGUCAUAUGAAGAGCAAGGAGCCGUUUCACACUAAUCUAAGCAGCAUCAUUGUACGCUUCAAAGCACACAAACUUUUCAUAAGAACCCUCACGGGGAAAAUCUUCGCUCUGGACGACCUCGAACUUUCGGAUACCAUCGACAACAUCAAAGCAAGGAUUCAAGACAAGGAGGGUAUCCCACCCGAUCAACAGCGUCUCAUUUACGCCGGUAUCGAACUUGAAGACGGACGAACUUUGUGUGAUUAUAAUAUCCAGCUUGAGGACACUUUGCACGUUGUCCUCCGUUGGCGUGGCGGCGGUCCCUACCAACCUCUGGGCCUUUCUGCCGGCGGCAACAUCACUCAGAAGAUCGUCCGCGACAGACUCCCUCCCGCUGCAUAUGACCAGUCCAACCCUACAAGAGUCCAUGUGCACGUCCUCAAUUCAGCAAUGUAUGAGCAGGUAACAGGUCGACGACCUCCUGAGUGCCCAGUUUCUGCAAAGUCGUAUAUCGAAGCCGGUUUACCUUGGUUCUCCCUGUACGACGAAAAGGUGCCACAUGCGAACAACGCCAAGCGAAGGGGACUGCUUUCUGGAGUGAGGUCCAUUGCCAUGUUAGAUAGGGAACGACAGUGCGCCGGAAAGACACAUAUACAGGGGUCAUGCAGCUACUGCCGUCGCAUCGCUUCUUUCAAGCUUCACCCAUGCGGUCACCUCCUCUGUGAGGGCUGCGACAGUGGCAUGGACUCGAGGACAAUCUGCCCAGAGCCUUCCUGCACCGUCGAAGUCACUCGCCGGAAGCGUAUUGCUGCUCCUACGUCGGCACCUGGAGAGGAGGAUGAUUUGGACGGAAUAAAGGAGUUGAGCAUGGAUGAGAAGAUCAUCAGGCUCGAAAUGUGUGCGAAGAGAGGUCUCGUGGGGAGCUUCAAGCCGAAGGUGUCUGCUGUAUCUCCCUUGUGUGGUGCGCGCGGGGAUGUGGAGUAGGUUCGAGUGAUUAUAGGGUUAUCUGCGGGAGUGGUUCUUGAAUUAGCGGUCAACCACAUAAGUCAGACUGCAUGUAAAGGUAGCUGGCAUUCCUAGGUCCUACGAAGUACGUAGAGUCCACAGGAGUAUAAUGACCCAUCUACUUCCCGGCCGUUC